AUGACGAAAAAAAAAAUAUGGGUAUUGACAAUAAAGCUUAAGAAGACAUUAAUUCUUUUAGCCAUCUUAGCAUGUUGCCACACAGCUUUGGCAGGACUACUGGCAGCACCAACAGCAUAUAGUACUGCGUUAGCUUCACCUUUAACAGCGCUAGCUGCAGCACCUAUAACGAAAUAUGCAACUGCUGCAUAUGCUGCACCAUUUGCUGCAACUCCAUUGGCGCAUUCAUAUGCUGCAACAUAUACUGCCACACCGAUUACGGCGUAUGCAGCCCCUGUACGUGCGUCAUACCUAACAAAAUAUGUAGCAGCCACCCCAUCAGCACCUGUAUACACAACAGCGUAUGCAGCCGCACCAGCGGCUUAUGCUAGCUACGCAACACCAUAUGCGCUACCCACUGCUUAUGCUACACCAUUAGCUAAAUAUGCAACAACACCGUUCGCUUCAUCACUACAUGCUGCUGCUUACUCAGCACCUUUUGCAGCGCCUUUCGCAGCAGCAGCAGCAGUAAAUGCUUGGUAG